AUGCACACCGUUUUUCGAAUUGAUGAAGUUCGAAAACUGGACAAGAAAAGUCCACUUUAUCAAGUGGACCUUAAACUUACAUCGGAUGAUGACCAACAACUUCGUCAAUUAACUGACCGUGUACGACAAGAAACAUCUGGCAGCACUGGAUGGUAUCGAAUGGGUCAAUUGCUGCUCAAAAUAAGUCAAUUUGACAAGGCCGAAGAAUUAUAUACAGCACUACUAGAACAGACAUCCAACGACAGUGAUAAAGCACAUACCUAUCAUAUGCUGGGAAUGAUGAAAAAUGAAAAAGGGCAAUAUACAGAAGCAGCUUCAUUUUAUGAAAUGUCUCUCAAAAUUAAACAAAAAACUCUACCAGAAGAUCAUCCUUCAUUGGCUCCUACAUAUAGCAACAUCGGUUUGGUGUAUAACAACAUGGGUGACUACUCGAAAGCACUUGAAUUUUACGAAAGAUCACAUAAAAUCUACGAAAAAGCUCUGCCUUCGAAUCAUCCCAGUUUGGCUACUUCCUACAACAACAUCGGUCUAGUGUAUAAAAACAUGGGUGACUACUCGAAAGCACUUGAAUUUUACGAAAAAGAUCUUGAAAUCACGAAAAAAGCUCUGCCUCCGAAUCAUCCCGAUUUGGCUACUUCCUACAACAACAUCGGUGGAGUGUAUGAUGACAUGGGUGACUACUCGAAAGCACUUGAAUUUUACGAAAAAUCACAUCAAAUCCUCGAAAAAGCUCUGCCUUCGAAUCACCCUCAUUUGGCUGGUUCCUACAACAACAUCGGUCUCGUGUAUGACAACAUGGGUGACUACUC